AUGACCCUCAGACUAUCAGGCAUGUCAGGUCCCAGUACCCCGGUUCAUUCUGAGCAUUCAGAGUCGACGGUUGAAGGACUUCCACCUCGUCCUGGAGUUGUAUCUAUAUCUCCACCCAGGGCACUUACACCCCCACCUGUAGCUGGACCUUCACGUCCACCUGGAUACCCUCGUAGUGGACAGACCCCUAUUGCACCUAUACCACUUAGGGCUAUACCCCCGCCCGCUCCUGUGAUGUCCCCACCUGCUCCCCUUAUACGACCUCCUAUCCGUGGACCUCCACCAGAUCAUGAGUCUUCUGGAUUUUCAGGUGUCGGACCCUCUUAUCCGUGUUCCCCUCUUUCGGUACCCUAUCACUACUAUCAGGCACUCUUGAUGGAGAGAGAGGAGUUGUUGGGCCAGAUUGGAGAGUUGACACAGGCAAUGCAGAAUUUAGAUCCUAACAGGAGAGAGAGACAGUUGAGAGAGGAGAUACGUGCUUUCAGGACAGAGGCAGUAGAGAGAUUAUAUGGGAUCACCGCACCACUUGCCAACAGUGAUCCUGAAGGCACCAACAGCAUCAAUGAUAACAAUGAUAACCGGAAUGUCAACAUAGGCCCAGUAGAUCCUGCUGUGGCCCAACUAAUUCAAAUUUUGGCACAACAAACUGCUCAUCUUACCCGACAACAGCAACAUCAAGAGAAUCCUAGGGUAACUUUUAAAACUUUUCAGGCAGUUAAUCCUCCAGAAUUUAAGGGCUCAGCAGAUCCUGUUGCAGCCCAAACAUGGUUAAAAGAAAUGGAAAAGUGUUUUGAAUUAGUUCCAGCAAGUGAGGACCAGAAAACAAAGUUUGCCAGUCAUUACUUAAAGAAUGAAGCAACGUAUUGGUGGGAAUCUGAAUUGUUUUUAGAAAAGUAUUUUCCUAGGUUUCUUCAAGAUCAAAUGGAGUUGAACUUUUUAGAGCUGAAACAAGGAAAUAUGUCUGUGGUUGAAUAUGAGAAUAAGUUUGCGGAAUUGGCUAGGUUUGUGCCAACCUAUGUAGAGACUGAUAGGCAGAAAGCAAAAAGGUUCCAACAAGGUCUGAAGCCUUGGAUUAGGAGCAAGUUAGCUAUUUUGCAAUUGGAGACUUAUGCAGCAGUGCCGAUAUCCAAAGCCCCGUAUAGGAUGGCACCCGUAGAGAUGAAAGAAUUGGCAAAACAAUUACAAGAGUUAUUGGAAAAAGGAGUGAUCAGACCGAGUGUAUCCCCAUGGGGAGCACCAGUGUUGUUUGUAAAGAAGAAAGAUGGAAGUAUGAGGUUAUGCAUAGAUUACAGAGAGCUUAAUAAGCUUACUAUCAAGAAUAGAUAUCCUUUACCCCGUAUUGACGACUUGUUUGACCAGUUGAAAGGAGCAGAAUAUUUUUCUAAGAUUGACCUUAGGUCAGGAUACCAUCAGCUCAAAAUCAAAUCUGAGGAUAUACCUAAGACAGCUUUUAGAACAAGGUACGGUCAUUAUGAAUUUUUAGUGAUGGCUUUUGGAUUAACGAAUGCACCAGCAGCUUUUAUGGAUUUAAUGAAUAGAGUCUUUAAGAAGUAUUUGGACAAGUUUGUGAUUGUUUUUAUAGAUGAUAUUUUGAUAUAUUCUAAGACAGCUGAGGAGCAUGCGGAACAUUUAAGAACAGCCUUAGAGAUACUAAGAAAGGAGAAGUUGUAUGCAAAGUUUUCUAAAUGUGAAUUUUGGUUACAAGAAGUUCAAUUUCUAGGACAUAUAGUGAGUCGGGAGGGAAUCAAGGUAGAUCCAGCAAAGAUUGAAGCUAUAAUGAAUUGGGAAAGACCAAAGACCCCCACAGAGAUCAGGAGCUUCUUGGGGUUAGCAGGUUACUAUAGAAGGUUUGUACAGGAUUUCUCAAGAAUUGCAACCCCAUUGACUAAGUUAACUAGAAAGAAUGAAAAGUUCAUAUGGAAUGAGAAGUGUGAGGAAAGUUUUCAGGAGUUGGAGAAGAGAUUAGUGUCAGCACCAGUAUUGUCCCUUCCAGAUGAUCAAGGAAAUUUUGUGAUUUAUAGUGAUGCCUCUUAUAAAGGAUUAGGAUGUGUAUUGAUGCAGCAUGAUAAAGUUAUUGCGUAUGCGUCUAGACAACUUAAACCUCAUGAACAAAAGUACCCUACUCAUGACUUGGAGCUAGCAGCUAUUGUAUUUGCAUUGAAAAUAUGGAGACACUAUCUGUACGGAGAAAAAUGUGAGAUUUAUACAGAUCAUAAAAGUUUGAAGUACAUCUUUACCCAGAAGGAGCUUAACAUGAGACAAAGGAGAUGGCUAGAGUUGAUUAAGGAUUAUGAUUGUACGAUUAAGUAUCAUCCAGGAAAAGCAAAUGUUGUAGCAGAUGCUUUAAGUAGAAAGGAGAGGUUAAACGUAUUGACUGUGCCAGAGGAAUUAUAUAAAGAGUUUCAGAAGUUGGAAAUCGAGGUAAGAAUUCAUGAACCAUCAGAGGUAGCAGUGUAUACCAUGACCUUUCAACCAGAGCUAGUAGAAAAGAUUAAGAAGUGCCAGGAAGCGGUAAUGGAUCAGGAUGUAAACAAGUUAGUAGGAGAAGAGUUAUGUACACAGAAAGAUGAUCAAGGGAUUUUUAGAUUUUCUUCCAGGAUAUGGAUUCCACCGGCGUUUCUUAUCCGUGAAUCUAGUGUUAAAUUGAUUGAUAUGGUUGGAUUGAGCAUGAAGAGAGGAGUCUGUACGUGCCAUCGGUUUAACCGUAUGACCCCUGUAGAGGUCACCGGAGUCUGGGGAAUGACUCGCCGGCGGCGAGUUUUCUCGAGAUUAUUCCGGCCAAUUCCGGUUGAUUCUGGUAAUAUUGAGUGCAUGAGUGAGUUGUAG